UGACACACACAAACACACACUCCAAUGCAAACACAUGAACACUUCCAGGCACACACAUGCAGGCUGUGGAUGCAGGAGAGUGGGGGGGAGAGAAGCUUUCAGAGACAGAAGCAGAAAGAGGAGAUCCUUGGCAAGCUGAAGAGAGUUAAAGAAAAGAGCUGGAAGACUGAGUUGAGGAGGAAACCCAGCCUUGGUGUGUGAGCUCUUGUGUACCUUAUUUAGGACUGGAGCGCACACCAACUUCAAGGAAGAAAAAAAGAAUUACAAUGCCUCUGAGAAUUUGGAGAAUUUAAGGGUUUUUUUUUUCUUUUUCUGGAGCUGUUAUGAAGACUUUUUGGAAAACUCUGGAUAUGUGACCUAAGGAAGUCCAGGAUCCCUCUAAACUUCCCUGUCAUCACUUUUGAAAAGCUUUUUGCUUUCAUUUCUGCUGAAGGGAAAGGCCACAAAAUGCCUACUGACGAUUAUAGUUACCUGCCUGAUGUGUUGCCUCCACUUCUUGAGAUCCCGGACUCUAGCUCAGACCUGAGCUCCGUUGACAACCCCUCACGCUGCCUUCACAACCUGGCCCUCCGCCACGCCUCUUUGCGUUACUGCUCUGCCAUCAGUAUGGACUCCUCUCCUGACAGUACUGAUCGACCCAUCAGCUACAGCUCCACUUCUUCCUCCGCCUCCUCCAGGGACAGUCAUUGCUCCUUGGGCAGCCGUUCUACUCUUGUUGCAUCCCCUCAAUGUAAUCCCAUCACCUCUGAUCGGGAUUCUGGGGCGAUUCGGUUGGAACUGGUCCCAGCUAGACAGCUGGGGUGUGAAGAUGAAGAUGAGGCAAACAGUGGAGAGGGCAGGAGACAGACUGCAGUAGAACAUUUACAGCCAAAGUUGAGCGCAGAGGUUGGAGAGAAGAUAAACCCUAUGCAAGGACCAAAGACAUAUGUGGACCGGGUGGUACAGGAGAUACUGGAUACAGAGAGAACCUACGUUCAGGACCUGCGCAGCAUUGUAGAGGACUACUUGGAGUGCAUCAGCAACCAGUCUCGACUGGCCCUGAGCUCAGAAGAUAAAGGCUCACUGUUUGGCAACAUCCGGGACAUCUACCACUUUAACAGGGACCUUCUUCAUGAGCUGGAGAAGUGCAAUGCAGAUCUAGUGGCCAUUGCAGAGUGCUUUGUAUGUAAGAGUGAAGAGUUCCAUAUCUAUACCCAGUACUGCACUAACUAUCCACGCUCAGUGGCUGUGCUAACAGAGUGCAUGAGGAACAAGGCGUUGGCCAAGUUUUUCCGCGAGCGCCAGGAAUCUCUAAGACACUCCUUACCCCUGGGGUCCUACCUGCUCAAGCCAGUGCAGCGGAUCCUUAAGUACCACCUCCUGUUGCAUGAGAUAGCCAACCAUAUGGAAAAGGACACAGAAACCUAUGAGGUGGUGCAGGAAGCCAUCGACACCAUGCAGAGAGUGGCCUGGCACAUCAAUGACAUGAAAAGGAAGCAUGAGCACGCUGUCAGAUUGCAGGAAAUCCAAAGCCUCCUCACCAACUGGAAAGGCCCGGACUUGAUCGGCUACGGAGAGUUAGUUCUUGAAGGAACAUUUCGCCUUCAACGAGCUAAGAAUGAAAGAACCCUCUUCCUGUUUGACAAACUAUUGCUGAUCACCAAGAAGCGAGAGGAAACCUACACGUACAAGGCUCACAUUUUGUGCUGCAACCUUAUGCUGGUGGAGGUUAUUCCUAAAGAGCCGCUGAGUUUCAGUGUAUUUCACUACAAGAAUCCCAAACUACAGCACACAGUCCAGGCAAAAUCACAGCAAGACAAGCGCAUGUGGAUCUUGCACCUUAAAAGGCUCAUACUUGAAAAUCAUCCGGCAAAGAUUCCUGCUAAGGCCAAACAAGCCAUUUUGGAAAUGGACGCAAUCCACCAUCCUGGGUUUCACUACAGUCCUGAUGGUGAGAAGAAAGACUCCCUUCAAACCAAGGAAGGCCCCACUCCUCGUCGAGGGCGUAGAAAAGAACCCCUCUCCAAAUUGCUGAAGAAUGCAAAGCAGAAUGCUACAAACAAUGAUGGUGAAAAACGUACCAGUCUAGGCGCUACCCUUCUGUCCCCUGUGUCCCAGCUGGCUCUGGGUACUAUAGGGCGAAGCCGUAGCUUGAUCAACCAAUCGCAGGAGUCCCUGGACCCUGGGGAUCACUACGGCCACAGUGACAGAGAGGAAGGGGAUGAGUCUCAUCAGCAGGAUGCUGACGAUGAGGAUGACAGUGUUCGGGCAAGUGGAAGGAGACUGAAAGUUCCAGGGAAAUCCAGCAGGAAGAGGCUGAACCCUCAGGCAUCUGUUGACAGCAUAGAGCAGUGGAAAGCUUUCAACAUGAGUGCCUCAGACCUGCAGAGAGCAAGGGAAUCGCUAGUAAGGGAAGGAAGUAACCACCCUCCACUACUGAGGACUCCUCGCGUGAUGGAGGAACCUCCGGAUACCCCAGUCCCCUCUGUAAUUGUGACAGAAACUGACCAUUCUGUGAGGAACAUUUGGGCUGAUCACCGUGCCCGCAGGGCAAUGUUCCCCACUCGCCAAAGAACAAUGCAGCCGGAUGAUGACGAUGAGGACAUCUACCAAAUGUUUGUUCCCACAGAACCUAGCGCACCUGAGCCAGAAACACUCCCCGAGCAACUGGAGGCCCCGUCGUCACCCAGAACCGCCCGACCCUGCAGCUGGCACGUUGAACAGGUGCCCACAGUUCAGGUAGACCCACCUGUUGAUGGCAGUAGAGUACUGAGGAGGGCAAGAAGUGCUGGAGAGAAGGCUUCAGAGACUCAAGGGAGACGAGGGGUUGAUGAGGCUGGCCACAGCAAUUUGGAAGUGAUUCACACUGAAUCGUCCAGCAAUGACAUAUCUGGAUCCUCCUCAGCCGAGCAGUUAACAAUGGACGAUAUUGAAAAUGUAUAUGACAACAUCAGCUACGAAGACCUGAGGAGCAUGGGUCUGAUCAGGAGAGACCCAGAUGAAAGUCAGGCGAGUGAACAAGGUGUUGUAGAGGUCAGAGAGUCUCCCAUUGAACCAGAAAGUUCAUCAGAGAGCAACCGGUCGUCCACACAGGAGGUGAAGCCAUAUGGGAGCUGUGAUCUUAAGAUAGUUGAAGACACCAUAUAUGACACCAUCUGUUUUAGAGAACCACCAUCAUCUGAGGUGAAGCAAAAGAAUGAAGGAUGUAAAGAAAAACAAGAGAGGGACAGUUUGUCGUCAGAAAAAAAUCUGGCUCAAAGUCUUGAUGAGUUUGGUUUUACAGAGAGCCUAGAUAUCCGAAAGAAGGAAGAAACAGAAACUUCCCACCCUGUCCUCUGCUCUAUCGAACCAAAUAAUCCUUCCUCUGCUUCUAAAACCAUUCCUCUGGACUCCAAAGGAGCUGCUCGGAUGUCUGAGGAGGUCGAUGAGCUUUGUAAUGACUUAGAAAACUACAUGAAGAACACAAAGAAAGCUGAACGACUUCCAGCUGCAUUCCCUGUGAAUUCCAAUGAGUCACCUAAGAAGGUAUCCUCUGUUAAAAACAGCCCUACAAAAACCUACCCUGUGGUUAGUGCUCAAGCUGCCAGCCCUAAAGACAAGAGCCCACCAGCACAUCAACCUCAGUCCCCACCUGUUACCUCUACACCAUCAUUCACCAUCCCAUUAAUUAAAUUUCCGGACUUUGAGAAAGAAAGUACCACUGCAGAAGAAACCCACACCCCUGCUCUUGCAUCCCGCCCCCUUCCUGCCACGCCAGAACCCCCUCCAGGCACGGUGAAGAGCAUCCGAAACAGACUGGCACGCCUCAGCAGCGGCAGCUUCCGCCUUGAGGAUGACGAUCUGGUAGAGCUUCCGCCACGCAACACUGCUCCAAGAGAAGCCGCUCUGAAGGAUCUUCACAGCCUGUUUCCAGGGGAGCUGGCCGGUCUGGACUCCCCCUUGGCGACCUCUUCAUUCCUGCUAGGGGAAUCUGUGGACUUGGAGCUGAUGGACAAAACAAAGAGUCGUGUGUUCUUGAUGGCCCGGCAAUAUAGCCAAAAGAUCAAGAAGGCUAACCAGCUGCUAAGAAUGAGAAGCAUGGAUCCAGGGGAUUCUUGCAGUCGGGCCAGAGUGGACAGGAAACAGAAAGACCUUGCUGCUAUCUUGGAGGAGAAAAAACAAGGCGGUGCGGCCAUAGGUGCAAGGAUAGCUGAAUACUCACAGCUCUAUGACCAGGUGAUGUAUAAAGAUGCUCCUAUUUCGACCAGUCAGAGCUCAGCCUCCUCGCAUCACUUCCAUCCCGGCCUCCCUUCCUCUCCAUCCAUGCCGGAAACUUCACUGGAUGAUGACUGGCUCCAUUCCAUCUAUAGUAACGGGGAGCUAAUGAACUUUAUGUCUUCAUCUAACAAGGGAACAGACACUAAAAUGUCGUCUAGCUCUCAGCAUAAACUCACCCAUACCUCUUCCAUCCCUUCUUUCAAGACUAUCCAACCUGCUUCAAGAGCUCCAUCAUCACAAAGAUGGAGCUCAUGCAUUUCAGCGCCAAGUGAAGAAGAGCAUGUGUACAACUCCAUAAAAAGACAUCCUUCCUCUAAUUCUCCCUCCUCAAAGUCUUCCCUGUCUAAUCAGUCUCAAUCAGCUGGUUCUUUGACAAGUCCCCAGCAAGAGACACGCUGCCAAUCCGAGCUCAGUUGUAAAGGACCCACUGUGGAUUCCAAAAGAGAAAGACCUCAUGGACCUAGUUUAGCCCGUGCUGGUCGGCAGAGCAGCCUCCCAGAUCAAUCCACCCUGAGACAGUCAGACCUUACCCUCCAGGAUAGUCAGCAGGUGGUUGUCCUGAACCGGGCUUCUGCUCUGUCCAUCCUCAAUGCCACUCAGAACUACCUGGCUAACUUCAAGGACAAUGAAGACGAUGACGACGACUAUGUUGAGAUCCGCUCAGAGGACGAAAGUGAAGUGGAGAGGGACAGAUUGAACCAGGGAACCAGCAGCUCAACUCAGAGUCGGAGUGUUGUCCAGUCUCGGAGUUUGCCAUGCACUCCGGUUCACUCUUGCCAACCGCUAAAGCCGCUGGAGCGCGAACACUUGGAAAAGUACCUGUGGAAUGAGGAGCAGCAGAGCCAACCCAACAUUGUCCAUUCUCUGAGGGAAAAGUUUCAUUGUUUGAGCUCCAGUAGCUUCGCAUAAGGCUUCUGGAGAACUAAAAACCAAAAAAUGCUAAUAUACCGCAUAUUGCUUGGAUGGGUGCUGCUUUGCAUCAAACAUACUAACCAUCACAUCUUAGACAUAAAUAAUACAUCUAUUAAAGCAAUACCUGGAUUGCAGCUUUAUUUCUAGUGAACUAUGUUACAGAUAUAACAAAAAGUAUAGGUCAAAAAAGUAUAGGUCAUCUCUAGCUUUUAUGUGAACUUCCUUCUAAGAAUUAUUAGAAUUGCGAUUUCUUGUGAUUAAUUAUGAUUUCAAAACUUCUAAACUGUUUUACAUCUGAUUCUUUUAGGACAUUUUUUUUUGUACAGAUGCAGUAGUUCAGAAUAUCGGAUCACUUUGCUCCUAAGAACAUUUAACUGCGUUGUUGUUCUUAGCGGAAAAGCCUUAGCAUGCAACCUCUAUUCUUCUUAACUAAGCUAAGAUAUGACAUUGAACAUUUGUGAACAAACUGCUUUUACAGUUCCGGAUUUGUGCAACUUCAGAUAUACUGCUCAGGCUAGCGUGUAACUUUUAGGAGCUUUUAUGAAAACAAAUAUUUGAGGUUACUUUACAAUCCAGUAGGUUAAUUGUUCCUAUAGGUGGAGGUUUAGUCAAUUUUCAAAAUAGCGACUCGGUCUUUCUCUCUCUAUGGUCACCUUUGGAGUGUUAUGUUUAAAAAAAAAUUCAAGAUAUUCUUUAAGAAAUUACGAGUAUCAAUAAAAUUUGAGAGCAAAUAUGAAAAAUUGCUUUACAUGCAGUAGAUGAUGCAAGUAAGUGCUAUUUUGUUUUGUUUUUUUGUCUCCUAAAAUCAGCUCAUUUGAAUUUUUGUUUUAGGGACCACAAGGGUAAAGAGGUCAAUUGGUUUUAUAGACUCCAGUACUGUAUUUGGUGUAUUUUUAUUUUAUUCAAAUACAAAUAUAUUUGUAUUUACUUUAUGGAACUCUAUCACACUACUGAUUUUACAUCCUCACUCACAGAAGGAAAUUCACAUUACUAUCAAGGACACUUUAAGGCUCAGGGUUGUUUUAUUACCCAGAAAAUUACAAACAGCUUUGUUUGAUUUUAUAUAAAAUAAGUACACAUUCAUGACAAAUAUAUGGUAUUUGUUUGACUGCGCUCCAAUUUUCCCACUGAGUCACCAGUGUCACAGACUGUAAAUCAGAGUAAAAGAUAUUUAUUAACAGCUGUGCUAUUAUUUA